CUUGUCAAUGGUACUGGUGCUGAAAUAGUAUUCCGCAUUAUUUCGAAACGUCAACAUCUCACAAAGUUUAAAAAAAGCCCAGCUUAAAUGAAUCACGAACGAUGGACACUUCUAACACUAUUUGUGAGUGUGCUAAGCAUUUCGAUGCAAAUCGAGGGGACCGAGGUGAACAUCACAAACAUAUAUCGCGACUAUUUGCAGAAUUUGAGGGAUGCGGUCGAUGAAAAUAUUUUGCCCUGUGAGAACUUUUUCCAGCAUGCUUGUGGGAAUGUAAAGGUGAAUAGCUCGGCAAGUGAUGAUAGUGGGAAACAGCAGCAUAGGGCUCCACCGUUCCUCUACAAUCACCAAGACUUCUAUGAAUUUUUGGAAGCCCACAAGGGAAGAUUCAUCACCGAGCCGGGGCUUUUAGUUCGUGAUCUUUACGAUCUUUGCAAAGAAUCUCAAAGUGAGAAAAAUGAUCCUCGUCGCGUUUGGUGGCACAUGAUCUCCGACAUACCGUUCUUGAAACAUGAUCGAGAUCUUUUGCGCAAAUGGCCUUUUCUGCAAUACCAGUGGGACACAUAUAAGGCUCAAUUGGACCUGAAUUGGCCUAUAUUGGCUGCCGAAUUUUCUGCUCAUGGAUAUGAGAUAUUUUUUAAUAUUUUCUUCGCCGAGAAUACCAUCUAUAUAACACCCAAUAAGGACUUCCUGUGCCCGGAAUUGAAGGAAUUCCAAAACUCCCUACUGCCACUGCUAAGGCAACGUAAUCCCCAAAUAGCCAACAUUAUUGGCAAUGAGAUGUGGCAAUUUUGUCGGCAGCUACGCGGAGAAAUUCCCCUUUCGCAGGAAACCGUUGAAGUUACCGAUUUCCUAUUGGAUGAGACAAUGAGCGAUUUUCUCCAGAGAUAUUUUCCACGCUUGAACUUAACCGAUGUGGAUAUCGAGCAGGCCCGCAAAAUUGUAGUAAAUGUCCAAAUAUUAGGCGAACUGAUGACUGUCUUGAAGUCGACAAACCCUCGUGUGGUCUACAAUUACAUAUUGUGGCACAUUUACCACCAGCUCAGUGCCAUGGAUGACUGCUUUGAACUUACCGAUGAAUUUCGUCAGCUACUGCAGUCUGAAUACUGGCAAUGGAACGUAUUCGACAAUCACUUUCGGCGCGAUGUUGCUUUAGCUAGCUAUCUCUUCCACACUACAAGAUUCCAGCGUCAAUAUCGCAGAGGCAUAACCAGCACCUCGGUUGAUCGCAUGUUCCAGAAGCGAUCACGCCGAAAGGAUUUAAACAUUGAAAAAUCAAUUCGGAACUAUGCAAAAGAUUAUCUGAAUCCUGACCGCUUUUCUGCCAUAUAUCAGUCUGAGGAGUUCGCCAGCGAGAAGAGGACGUUUUAUUCGAAUCUUUUGGAGAUGAAGAGAUUGUCGCUGCGAUACUCAUUCCAGAAUACCUAUGUCGAUGAGGGAGAUAUGCAUUUCUUCCAAGAGUUCAUUAAUUUUUGCAUUCUAAUUCUACAUAGACCACGACUUCAUUAUUUCGCUUCGUCUGAUCGCAAGAUGUGGCAGACUUCGGGUUUGCUGCGUAGCUCCGAUGGUUUGUUCACAUCCAUCGAUUGCUUGGAGCGACAGACAAUGCUUAAUGCUGACGAUUAUGGCGACCUCUUUACGAUUUUAGAUAUGGCUCAAGUAAAUGAGUUGUAUGAUUUUCAUACCGCCUUCCUGGAAUCAUCGGCAGAUUACAAAUUUUGGCUGGAAAGUGAAAACUUUGCCAUGGCCGAAGAUUUUAUUUUGGAAUAUUUUGAUUUGGACUCAUCUCGAGUAAUGUUCUAUGCUGUGGCCCAACAACUAUGCAAUCGAAAUGAUGACAUCUGUAGUUACAUCAUAAAUCGGAGUUUUAUGAACACAGAAGACUUUCAGGAUGCAUUUCAGUGUGCAAACAUCGAUGCCAUGAAUCCCGUGACAAAAUGUAUGAAUAAUUAACGGAAAUGCGUUUUGACUCCGUGGCCAACUGAGCCACUUGGCCAAUGUUUCGCCACUUCAACUUUGUCAGGUCGCAUAAAUUAAGGACCACCCUCGAAUAUUUAUUAUUUUUAAGUGUAGAAAACAAAAUGUAAUUUGUUUGUUUAAUUUAACUGUGUAAUAUAAAUGAAAACAAGUAAAAGCGUUCGGCUGGGCCGAAUUUAAUAUACCCUCCA